AUGAGAUUUGCAGUUCCGCUCAUAAUUUUUGUUGGUCUACAAAAUUGGAUUUUGGUGCAGACAAUACCCGUCGAAAAGUGGUUUCAAUUGGAUGGAGGAAAUGAAACAAUUUUUAUCGAAAGGGAAUAUAAAUAUAAUUGGUAUCAAGCCCGCAAUGAAUGCCUUCUGAAAAACAUGACCCUAAUCACGGUGGACACUUCGGAGAAGAGCGAAUUAUUGACCUCGUUACUGAAGCGGAUAUUUGAAAAAUCCCAUAAUUUAUGGAUUGGUGCCGAUGAGUUGGGUCAGGAGGACCACUUCGUUUGGUCUUCGACGGGAAAACGUUUCGAAUUCACCAAUUGGAGUAAAGGUAAGCCCAGUCACAAUCAAGGCCAGGAACAUUGUGUUAAUUUGUGGGAAAGCUCCGAUUUCGAAUGGAAUGAUGCACCCUGCAAUGAACUGAAGGGGUUCAUAUGUGAAGAAAAUUUGCACUUGCGAGCAGCAAAACAGGAAUUACAACACAUGAAAAAUCUGGUAUAUGAAGUCUAUGAAAGGUGUAGUGGAUAA